UUGCUGCCACCUCUGGUGAAUCCGUCCAUCGCCGCUCUCUARCACACAAGCCCUUYGGCUUCCAUCCCGGCGCACAGACAGCUGUCCUCUGAAGUCCGCCGGACUCGCGGACCUUUUCUCCUCAAGUCGUGUUUCCGAGCGGAUCACACGCUGACGUACGCUUUGGAGCCAAAGUUCCGAGGCCUUCGAAGAAGGGAACGUGAGCUACCAUGACCGGGCAGCGCAUCCCGGUACCUCGGCUCGAGGGCGUUACGCGGGAGCAGUUCAUGCAACAUUUCUACCCACAGAGAAAACCUCUUGUGUUAGAAGGAAUUGACAUAGGAGCAUGUACAAGCAAAUGGACAGUGGAUUACCUAAGCCAAGUUGGAGGGACAAAAGAAGUAAAGAUUCAUGUUGCUACAGUUGAACAGAUGGACUUCAUUAGUAAGAAUUUUGUAUAUAGAACUUUGCCUUUUGACAAGUUGGUCCAGAGGGCAGCUGAAGAAAAGCAUAAAGAAUUCUUUAUUUCAGAGGAUGAGAAAUACUACUUACGGUCUCUUGGAGAAGACCCUAGAAAGGAUGUUGCAGAUAUCAGAAAGCAAUUUCCUUUAUUAGAAGGAGAUAUUAAGUUUCCAAACUUCUUCAAAGACGAACAGUUCUUUUCCAGUGUUUUUCGAAUUAGUUCACCUGGAUUACAGCUUUGGACCCACUAUGAUGUGAUGGAUAACUUUUUAGUACAAGUAACAGGAAAAAAGCGUGUUACACUAUUCAGCCCUCGAGAUGCCCAGUAUUUAUAUCUGUCAGGUACUAAAUCAGAAGUACUAAAUAUAGACAACCCAGACUUAGUUAAAUAUCCACUCUUUUCCAAGGCUAGAAGGUACGAAUGUACCCUUGAAGCUGGUGAUAUAUUAUUCAUUCCUGCUUUAUGGUUCCAUAAUGUAAUUUCUGAAGAGUUUGGAGUGGGAGUGAAUGUCUUUUGGAAGCACCUUCCAUCUGAAUGCUAUGAUAAAACAGACACCUAUGGAAACAAAGAUCCUAAAGCAGCAUCAAGAGCUGCACAAAUUUUAGACAGAGCCUUAAAAACACUGGCUGAAUUACCAGAGGAAUACAGGGACUUUUAUGCACGGCGAAUGGUCUUACACAUUCAAGACAAAGCCUACAGCAAGAACUUUGAGUAAAUAAUGAAGUGAAUGUGAUGCAUAAUCUUUUAAUAAAAUUUAGUUCAGACAUUGAGAAAGUAUAACAAGUUAUAAAUUUUUAAAGAUUCAUUCUUUGUUAAAAUAGGACAGAUAAAUCAGUCUCAGAUUUACAGAUUAACUAAAUAUGAUGUGGGUCUUGGUAUGGUUUCUACUUGAUACAGAUUGUUAAGAGUUUAAAGAGUGCCAUACUAGGACUACUCAUUAGCUGUACGAUGMAAAUUACUGGGCUAGGGAUAUAGGUUGGUGAUACACAUAUGCUUAGGGUCCUGGAUUUGAUCUUCAACACCAACACACACACAAACAAAAAAAACCCAAAUAAUUAAAAAUCCAACUUAAAAUGAUUCCAGCAAUAAGAAACUAUAUUGACUCUCAUUACAUGAAGUCUCUGAUAGGUUUCAGUGUUUCCAAUCCAUUGAUUUGGUAUUGUCACCAAACUUUGGAGAUUUUUUUCCCUCUUUCUCUAGCCACAGCAUUGGCAGUUAUCCUAAGGCUGGCUACCCUUGUGGUCAUGGGAUGAUUGCCAGUAGUUGGGGCCUUGUGUAUCUUCAUUUAAAUGCAGCAGAAGAAUCUGGCUGAAUUCCAGUGAUCCUGUGUUAAUAUGGAAAUUUGGUAGCAAAUUUCCCAGAAUUUGCUACCAAAUCCUUGGGUCUUAUUGCUGUAUAAAGUAGCUUAGAUCUGCCUAUCCCUGAGCUAGUCUUUAGGCAAAGGAUAUAAAAUAACCCUUAGGCUAGUCAGGUCUCCUAGAGCUGGGAAUAGAAUCCUUUUUGAGGCCUAUGAGGUAUGGAUGGGGCAAAAUGGAUAAUUUUUAAAACCAGGGUUCUGAUAAGAAAGGAAAAACGGUGGACAACCAACUAAGUUUUCUACUACAUUUGCAUGUAAUCAGAAUCUUUUGAGGCAUUUUUUUUGAACACAUAUAUGCCUAGGCUCCAACUAUGUUAUAUGUUAUAUUCAGUACAUUUGGGAUUUGGUAUAGGUAUCUAAUAGACCUUAUAAGCUGUUUUGAUGUAUAAUCAGGACUGAGAAUCACUGGACUAUAGUGAUUUGUAUUAUUAGUUUUGUGAUUUAUCCAAAACAAAUGUUUAAUUGAUCCUGGUUUUGAUCCUGAUAUGUCAAAUCAGCCUUCUUUUAAAAUUUUUUUAUAUAGAAAAUACAUCAGUUUUAGUUUAUAUGUAUGGCUAAAUAUCAACCUAAUUAAAGUUUCUCCUACUAAAUACAUUUUUACCUAGUCUUUUUCUAAAUAAAUGUUUGUUUGUUUUUAAAUGAAAGAUCCUAAUGUUGUCUUUGAAGACAAUGGGCCAUUGUGUGUCUUCUAUGCUAUUCUUUGUUUUGUACCUAGCCAUUAUGUUGCAAUGUCACUGAAACAAGACCAAGUAUAUUUAUUGAACACAAAUGUGCCCAUCUAAAGCAAUCUCUGUGAGUACAUCAUUUUUGGUGCAUUUUAAUUAAUUUUCUGUAUUGAAGAUAAUCCAUUCACUCAUGUUUUAUGCUGGAGUAGUUUCAGGCAUAAAAUGCAAAUCACAAUAAACAAGAAAGGAAAAGUUCUGAUUUUUCCUAGG